UUAUAACACGAAAUUCUUGAGGUGCGUUGCUCUCAGAGGAUUUGAAAUGGACAAAAAGCAAAUUUUGGUCACUGGCUUCCCGAAUGGAACGGGAAAAGCACAGCUCAUGAUCUACUUCCAGUCCGAGAGAGAUUCUGGAGGAGGUGACGUAGAAAAGAUCGAAAUUCACCGCGGAAGAGCAUACAUCACUUUCGACGAAGCUAGAGGUGUGAAAUAUUCUUUCACUGGCCUUGAGUUUUUCUGCGCGCUCGUUGCUUUUAAUUUCGCAUCAAACAAUAACACAUUGAACGGAUUCACAUUUAUAAGAGUAUGGAUAAGAAAGAGUUUAUAUAAUAUUCUUAAGCUCAAGAGAAAAAAGGUUUGUCGUUCUGUAGUUCGCUGCGGAAGUUUCGGUAGUUUGCGAGUCGUCAGGUAUCACUAAACUGAUUGACACCCAUCGUAUGCUGGAGUGCAAUUAAAGUCGAAAAUUGAAAGUUUUUGGAAAAAUGAAAACUACUGACGUAGUUUUACAGAAUCAUCAAUCUUGUGGAGAACGGAAAUCGAAAGUCGGACGUCUCACAUGGAUGUUUUGGCCGUUACUCACGCAACACGCUAUGCAGUGAAGGGAUUUUUCCCUGCGUUUGAUUACAUCACUUUUCACCCUAAGCGAUCUUCGCAACAGUAGUGGUAGUAUCUACUAGACCGGCCCAAAUGCUGUAAAAAAAAAAAGGAUAAAAAAAAUUCAAAUGAACUUCCGGUAAAGUUCGACCGCAAGUCUAUCCAUUUUCAGUGAGAGGUCGGCAUUGCAUGCAACUGAAGCUAUCAGAAAGGACGGAAAAUCUUUUCAAACUACAAUCUGGAUAUAGUGUUCAUGAUAGUUACCAUACCACUAAAUGUGGCUGCAAAUCGAAUUUAUCGUGAUUCACGGUAGCUGUAUCGCCGCAUUCAAGUGCGUGCUACAAAAAUUUGCACUCGGCGGACUCUCAUGCACUUGAAAUAUACAGAGCAGCUUCUUCAGCCUCUUUAGUCUAGAUUGCAUUUUCUUAUGUUAAAAUUUCUUUUUGGUUGAAAAUGUCAAAACUCACCAGUCUGCAGCAGUUUGAAGAGGAGCACGAGAAACGAAUUUUGCGCUUCUAGUGUAGAUAUGCCUAGAGGCUAUUGUAUGAUUGCUGUAAGAAAAUAUUCAUAUCGCCUUUCCCUUUUGCACAUGGUCAGAACUACGAAAUGAUACCCAUUUCCAUAUUUUUGUCAAUUUUUCGGUCUACAAUAAAGCUUCCUUUGCAGAAGCGUUGUAAUAGGUAGAAACUAGCCAUAUUUAUGCUGGGAUAAAUUGGCAAGAUGGCGAUUCAUAGCCUAAAACUUAUACAAAUGUGAUCAUCGAAUUUUCAUUGCGUAACCUCUAACAAAUGUUGCGCCACGAUAAAAAGCAUCACGACAAAUGCACAUAAAAUGAAAGAGGUGGAGGAAGGGAGAAGGAAGGUCAAAACUUGCUGAGUGUUUCAGGUCCGGAGACAAGUCCAACGGACUCAAGGAACAUGCCACAUCUUAUCAUGACCGCUGAUGGCUCAGUGAUUUUUCAUUAAAACUCGUGACUAUAGCGCGAAGAACCUCAGUUCUAUUGUUAGCGGUGAUAUCAACAGAUAGUCUUGAAUGGAUCUUGCUAUUGUUGCCCAUUCACAUUUUGAAGUUUUGAGUCUGUUCUCUUAUAGUUCGACCCUCCAGUAAUCCUUGCCUUUUCCUCAUUAAAAACAAAAAUAUGUUUGAAGCAUACAAUAUAGCUAAUAUAUAAUCUCAUUACUAAGUUUUAAAUGAAGCGUAUCAUAUGAAAUGAUACGCUUCAUUAAAACUUUCACUUAUUAAUUUAUUUUUCGAUCAACUGGUUUUAAAGUAAACAUAAAAAAGUUCAUGUAUGAUUCCUGUUUCCGGGAAUUUAUUUCUUCAAAUCGUUUCCUUUACAAGUGUGGACUGUUUUUUAUGUCGCUAAGCAGAGAUAUUAAGCUGAAGUUUGUUACUUCCUGCACGCAGGUAACGUAACUGGCAAAUAAACCCCGUAAAUGUUGGAAAUAAAUGUGUUUUUCACCAGAAUGUCUUUACAGCGUGCAUUGACCUUUUCGAAAACAUGGGAAACCAUCUCUCUCUCUGUACUGCAUGGAAUUGUUUGGAGGGAACCAUGAUUCACUUUAAACAUUAAAGCUCCCUUAAAUGUAGAAAGUAAGCAAUAAUUUUGUGAAAAAUGAAAUUGAUAACAAUAACAGUAAUAAGACAUCUAAGGUGAGCAAUUCUUGCAAGUUUCUGUUGCUGUUGCAUAUUGAUUCGUAUUUUAUUUUUUCCUAUGGUGAUGUUUAUCUCGAUUUCCUUCUGUAGCCGCCCGGCGGGUUGUUCGCCGAAGUAACCACAGCCUCCAGAAUUGUCAACUUCAGGUGAAGUUCCAUCCAGACUCAGAGGAUGAAGAUAAUGAGUACGAACAGGAACGACAUAAUGGAGUAAGUACUCUAAAGGACUUCUUAGAAUAAUGUACAGAUAUUUUCUCUAUCCAUUUCAAAGGCUCUCUGUUACUAGAACAAAGUGAUUGACAGUUCUUUCGGAGCUUAUUUCGUAAAUAAUCUCAUGGGCAACUCAAAUAAGUGCUAAAAAGUGAAAUGAGAAUUUGUGAUAAUUAUAAUUAUAACUGCAUGUUGAAAAAAUGUAUUUGACACACACAUAUCAGCAAAUACAGAUAAGCAAUACGGAAUAUACAAGCUGUUUCCUUUCGCCUUUCCAGUUCUGUAACAUCUUGAGGCGACAGACAAUACGUCACUCACCACAGCUUAGGGGUUAGGCUUGUGUGGGAACUUGAGGUUGGAGGUAAAAAUUAUUAUUUAAGGCAUUGUCGACAAGUGCCUACAAAUUAGAUUAGGCUGCAGUACCAAAAAUGCUUAAUCAGCUCGUCAGAAGCGUAGAAACCUCUCUCUCUUCAAACUGGAAGAGUUAGAGUUUUACAACUGAUUGAAGUCUUUACGUCAAAACUGCCUCGAAAUGAAAAAGAAAACGUAAGUCUAUCAUGGAGAUGUUGCCCGCUGAUGAACGAAUGUGUCAUGUUUCAUCAACCAGUGCAGAUAAAACGGAAACUGUGGUACCGGACACUAAAACUUCAACUCGAGGGUUCUCUACUAUCGAAAAAAUUGGCAGUGGGCGCAAUGUCGUUCCACCACUAAGGUAUUACACUGAGCACGCCUUACAAGUUCAUGUUAUUAUUUAUAGCAAUUUGAAGAAUAUAAGGACUUACCAGCUUCCCAGCAAUUCGAAAGAGAACAGCAAGGACAUACUAAUGAACCUCCCGUGCUAAAGCAUUCCACAGUCCAAGUUAAAGGUGUGUUGCCAGACACAUCAAGAGAUCUCCUUGUCUUCUACUUCGAGAAUACAAGGCGAUCUAAAGGUGGUUCAGUCUCUUCUAUCGACAUGAAACCUGAUCUUCAAAUUUGCUUGAUCACUUUUAAAAAUUCUGAAGGUGUGUAGAACUUUUUUAUCCCUAUUUUAUCAGUAGCAUUUGGAAAUCUUGCUUUAGAACAACUUUAUCCAUCAGCAAUUGUCUUAGCAGUCGUGCCGAUUCGUCUCCUGUACAACAAUUAGUGUUUAAUUGUUUGCGGUUAUUUUAAAGCAUGACACUGUCGAAGCACUUGACUUAAGCUUCUAUGUAAUUACUCACCUGCGUAAUUAUUCAUUAUUUACUUAUUCAUAGAUUUAUUCGUUCAUUUUUUGUUCUUUUAUCCUUUUUUUCUGUCUAUUCACCUUUUUUUUAAAAAGGUGUGUUUCUUUCGUUUUAGACUUUUUUCGACGUUAUGUUUAUUCCUCGACGUCUCGACCAGUUUUUUGGGAUGUGAGGCAAAAAAUUGAUCCACUAUGUUCUUCCCUUAUAUUAGGCAUUAUUUUUCGAGUUUAUAAAAUUUUUGCAGACGCUCAAAGAAUCGUGGAUAACUCCCCUCACAUUGUGUCUGGCCUUCGUCUUGACGUGUCUUUUGUCGAAGAGAGGGAAGAUGAAUUGGCAAAUAACUACGAAAACAACAACACUAUGUCAGACGGUUCCAUCACAAUAAUUGUCAGCGGUAUAUCAUCGCCUAUCACCAAUGAUUCCGUAAGGUAUUACUUUGAAAAUUCAAGGAGAUCUGGAGGAGGAGCCAUUUCUGAUAUUUUCUUUGCCGAAGACGGAGACGCUAGGAUAACUUUUCAUGAGGUGAAAGGUACGUCACCAAAAUGUAGCAUUCUUAUUGGUAUUUAAUGGUCAGGAAAAGCCUGUUGCAAUGAAAAUUUUCAAGUUUGUACAAAUAGUAAGAGACAUUACUCGAACGGAAGUUCAUUGCCAAAAACGCUUUUAAAAUAAACUCAGUUGUUAACUAUGAUAAAUUACUGCGCAACACUCCAUGACUCAACGUCGGCCAACCCCUUUAAUAGGCUACAUCUGUUUUGGUCGUGCCCUUACGUAACCAGACUACUAUUAUUAUCAUUGUUGUUGUUACUGUCGUUUUAAUCGUUUAUACUAUGUUGAUUUCUCCUUUUCUCGUUGCAUCACAACAGAUUUACAAAAGCUUCUUCACCAAUCACAUUCUAUCAAUGGAAAGGUCAUCUCAGUGAAGAAAGAACCACUAAAGAAAAAAGUACCAUUAGACCCAAUUCGAGUGCAGGUCCGUGGUCUAAACGAGAAAAUUACUGAAGACUGUCUACUUUCUUACCUGGAGAAAUACAGCGGCGUAGAGGUUAAAGAAGUUAUCAAAGGUUGUAAUAACAAUGCAGUGGCAAUAUUUGAAGCCGAACCAGGUACGACGGACGUUUUCUGAGCCUUUCCUCCAGCUAUUCUACAACCUUUCCCCAUCAUAUCGGCAAAGUAAAGUAGCUGCGUUUCCGAAAGCUGAAACUAGGCUAUUAGUAGUAAUAGGCUAGGCUAUUAUUAGUAGCUUUUAUUACCACUGAUUUUUUCUUAGCUCACAAAAUGAAUCUCUUCCAGAUUUCGAGUCGCUUUUCAGUAAGGUGCACGGCAACAAUAAAGGACCUGAAGGAAGUAAACUUCGUUUGGAACGCAUUCCUGUUUGCUCCUCCAUUUUAGUCGACGGACUUAAUGAGAAUACUUGCAAAGAUACCAUACAACUAUAUUUUGAAAGCAACAGACGUAGCGGUGGAGACAUCGUGAGCCAUGUGGAGCGUAUCACGAAAAGUAGUGCCGUUGUUCAUUUCGAGAAAGCAUCAGGUAGUAACGUUUUUCAUCUCUCAUUUCGCUUUCUUAAUAUUAGGAGAAACUUUCCAAGGAAAAAGCAGGUUGGCUACUCGUCAUCUCAACAUGCUCAAUCAGGCCACAGAUUGCCUACUUGUUCUUAUGAAAUCGGUGUUAUAAAAGGAAUGCUACAACCAGGGAGAAACAGAUAACCAUUGAGCAUUUCAAAAGGUCUUGAAGAUAGUGGAUCUUUUUUUGAAAGAGCAUUAUCGUUGACAGAUAAAGACAAUAACUCAGACGAUGCCCCUUUCGUAACGUUCCCAAAUUAGAUAACGAUCAAUGUCAGUAAACAAAUCAAAGUGUCUGUGAUGGACUAGCGCUUGAUUGAAUAGAACUGUAUCCAUUUGUCCCUUGGUAAUUAUGAGAAAUACGAAAUCAAAUUAGUUCACUCUCACUAUGUACCUUCUUUUUCUUCACAGCCGUUCAGAGUGUAAUCGGCAAAGUGGUUCACAAACUCGACGAUAAGAACCUGGAAGUGAGGUCAUAUCUUCCUUUUCUCGACUAAGAAUAAGAUAGAAAAACCAUUGGAUGCUGAGGUCUUUGAACACAUUAAGAUUAACCACGAUCAUGAUUUAUAAAUUCUGACGGAGCAAAGCACUGGUCGACGUCAGCAUGGAUCCUGACGAGAAAGUUGUCGUAAUUGCCAACUCAGAAAAGGGAACCGUUCCCAAACAGUUAUGGCAAGAAAGAUCAGGACGCCUGCUAAGCUUCUUUCAAGGUUAGGAAAGCUAAAAUUCGCAUUCCUGCUGAAUUAGCCGAUGAAGUAUCAGAGCGCUGGAGGAAGGCCCAACCUUCCACGGAGACAUCUACCGAUCUAAAUCUCUCAGUGAACAAAACCGAGUAGCGUGUAUCAUUGGAAGGGUUCAAGAAGUACGUGAGGAGGAACGGGAGAAUGGAAGAGAAUAUCCGUUCUGUUGAACAAGAUAUCGAGUUUAUGAAGUCAAUAGGAAAAGUGACUGAAGAUGUCAUUGCGAGGGUUCGAUUGAGAUUAUUUGAAAUGUCUGGCACCUGCCAAAAUGUGAGCAUCAGUAUUUAAAAAUCUCUUUUGAUAUGGACGGGGAGAUGUUCUUUGAGGGUCCCAGAGAUCUCCUUAAAGAUGUGCCGGCUAAAGUCUUAACCUUCAUUUCAAGGAUGAUUAAAAGUCCACUAAGCUCGCACUAAACAUUAUAAAUAUUUCAAAAAAGCCCUUAGUGUCGAGCUACCUUCAAGAUCUUUUCAAGACAAAAAGCUUACAAGCGAUUUUUGAAUGCGGCCAAAGCAACAGCUUUAACAAGAUCAAGAUCAUUGGUGUUGACGCGUUUAACACUCGAGAAGCAGAAAUAACUUUGCUGACUGCAAUUCAAGAAAAACUGACGAAUAUGCUCAAGUACAUAGCAGCCGUAUUUGGAAAAGUUUCUAAUCGCGAAUAAUAUCCAAUUGUAAAGUUGAAGUUGUCGUUGACAUCUCCUGUUUGGGUUAGCAGAAUCGCAGAAAAAGUUAAAGAAAGCUUUGAUCGAAUUAUCGACUUCCUUCAAAACACACUAUUCUAGGUGACACCGUCGUUUUAGACAAUGAUUCAACGCGUUACCUCUUCGAAAGGUUAAGUUCCAAACUUGACGAAAUUAAGGAACCUAGUCACUUUAUCCGUAGACACGCGAAUAGCUGCAGACUGUAAAUGUAUAGAGGUAUCUGGUACUGCAGAAGGACUACAAAGAUGCGUGACUUGAGGUGCGUACCAAGAAUUCUUGAACUAAUUAAAACUAUUUCGAAGGCCUCCAUCCCGAUUGAUAGGCCAGGGAUGAAGAAAUUCUUCUCGCAUGGUAAAGGACCUAAGUUUGUAGAAUCAAUUGAGGACGUAAAUAGUUGUAUCAUCAUUCCAAGAGAAAGAAACGAAAACGAAUCCUUGCUGAUCACAGACGAAAAGGAGAUGACAGAAUUUCAAGGAUCACCCCCCGAGUUCAUUUGUAGCUUCCUCGUGAGAGGAAAAAGGAGAUUUCUGUCUUUAGAAACGACGUCACGAAACAACCCGUUGAUGCUAUAGUUAAAGCAGCCCAUGAAAAUUUACAACAUGUAGGAGGUUUGGCUAGAGACAUAGUAAAGGAGGGUGGAAGCGACAUCCAGCGUCACUGCGAUCAGUUUGUUGCAGAUAAAGGCAUUCUUUUAGAGGGGCGGACACUAGUUACAGUUGCAGAAAGGUUACUAUGCAGUAAAAUCAUCCACAUAUUUGGGCCUAAAUGGGAUUUCACGGCAGACAAACUUCGAAGAAAUGGCACCAAAACAAGGCAAGAUCGCGUUCUCAAUCUGGCCAUUAAGAAUUGCUUAAUGGAAGCCGCAAGUCUGAAAUCAAAAGCUAUUCCUGCGGUAAGUUCCGGCGUGUUUGGCGUACCACGAGACCUUUGUGCUAAAGUCAUACUAGAUGCUGUCGUAUAAUUUUGCCAGGAGAAUCCGUAUUGCCAUUUAUCAGAGAUUCAUCUUGUCAACAAAGAUACACCUACCGUCUCUGCUUUCUCGGAUGAAAUGAGGAAACCGUUUUCCAGAGAGAAUAAUUUCACUAGUAGGGAAGUAUCUGGUCAACCAAUCCCUACGCUCCAAGUUAGAGACAGUUCGAAACGACCCAGAGGAGCUCCGAACUCCUUUGCAACGCAGGAGGGCAUCCAAAUCACCAUAAAGAAUGGAAAUCUCGCUAAAGAACGGGUGAGGCGAUUAAUUUGGAAGUUGAAGCUUUACCAUGUCUUUGUUUUGCGUUUUCUUAUUAUCUUAUUUUGAAAUAAUAAUUCCACUCGUCUCUAUCUUCAAGUCUGAAAUCUUGGUUGGAACAGCAGCAGGAAAUCUCAAACUUGACCAGAAACGUUAUGCGAUGGCGCUCAGCAAAAAAGCUGGUCAAUGUUUGCAAGACGAAUAUGAUAAGAAGAAAGCUGUGCCUGAAGAUAACAUCGCUGAGCUGCAGUAGACCGGAGGUUUGAAAUGUCAGGCUGUCAUCUUUGCCAUAUGUGCGGACUGAGACAAUGGUAAAGGAAGACAGGUAACUCCUAGCUGUAUAGACAGCUUGUUUAAGCUUAUGUCCAGGACAGCACGCUGUAACGAAAAUUGGCGAAUUUUUUUGACAAAUUCGUCAAAGCGUAGUCAGCUUGGCGGAAUUGAAGCGUAGUCAGCUUGGCCGCCAUUUCGUUGCUGCAUGUAUUUCUGGACACAUCUCCUUGUUUAAGAUUAAAACAUGACUUUCUCACAAAAUUCCAAUGACAGCUUCUUGCUCGUGGCUUUAAUUGUUAAGUGAGAUUGAAUUCAGGUAAACUCGAGGCUGUCCUUGUUAGACAACAUUUAGAGAUCACUAACUGCAACUAGUUCAACUCGUAGCACUCAUUCGCGAAAAUUCACUAAUUCCAGUUGCUAAUAUCAAGGAUGUUUUAGAUUCAGUUGUUCUAACCUGUUUUCCUUUCAUUUAUCUACUGAAUAGGCUUUCAUGUUCCAGAUUAUUGGGAUUCUCAGCCACAAGAUAAGAAGGUGCAUAUUGCCGAGCUAUAGCCUGCUUCGCAUGCACUGGAGCACAAGAAGGUCAGGGAUCUGUUCAAUACAACCCGCUCAAAUAAAAUUGUCAAAAUAGACAGAAUUCAAAAUGAAGCUUUGUUUGGAAUUUACGCUGUUCAACAAAAGAUGGAAGAGUCUGAUGCCCGUGGAGGCAAUGAAAUGCUGUUAUUUCAUGGAAUUGCAGAGAAUAACUGUGAAGCGAUUAAUCACAAAGACUUUAACAGAAGUUAUUGUUGACAAAAAAAUUAGUUGACAAUGGUUCACUUCGUGAGUGAAAUUGACUUGCUAGACUAAUAAAUUUGACAAAAGACAGUGCGUUUACUAGUUUCUGUGAAAUUCGACAUAUAGAAAUUUAAUCCAGGUCGGUAUCUUACUACGAGCAGAGGAAGGUUAGCAAAUUUCAACAACACAUGUCUACUAGUAACCAUGAGUAUAUCGUGCAAUGAUAGUCAAAGAAAGUAAACAAACUCAGAACUGUCUUUGAAAGGGCCUUUUCUUUCUAGAUUAUGCCUAUUGCAGCGUCAGGAAUAGACCGUUAAUCGACAGAAACAUACUUAAAAGGCCACUGGAAACAUUGGAAUAAAAUUGACCCAAUACAAUAUAUCAGAAAUACGGAUGGAUAAAAUUUAAAUAUCCAGGGCGAAAAAGGAAUGGAAUUAGGGUUUCGUGAAAGAAUUUUUUUACCACCAGAUUUUUCUUCUCUCUAGAGUAAAAGUUUACAUACGUAAAUCGAGAGAAAUUGCAAUAACAUACAUUGGUCUGAAGGUAUAACACUCUGUUUAUUUCCUAACUGAGUUGUGCUUCGAAGCGCAACGUUGGUAAGGAAAUAAACUAAAAUAAAACUAAAAGGGAAUUGUUCUGGAAUGAAAAUAAAAAACUGGAUUAAGUUUAUCUGACUUUCCCCCUCCCUUAAAAGUAAACGUUACUAUCAAACAUAACGUACCGUGUAUUUUCAGACAACCUAUAUGGAAAAAGGCGUUUAUUUCGCCAAGGAUGCAAACUAUUCCGCAAGUUCUCAGUAUUCGCCGCCAGGUCCAACAGGCAUUCGACACAUGUACCUCCCAAGAGUGCUGGUUGGUGAUUACACAGUGGGUAAUAAAGACAUCAUUGUCCCUCCAUCCAAAACACCAAAUGAUCCAACAGAUACAAUGGCAGCGUCGUGGAUCAAAAUGCCCAACCCAGGGAUCUUCGUCGUAUUUCACGACCCGCAAUGUUACCCCGAGUACCUGAUAACUUUCCAGUAACGGACUGGCACUUCUUGGCACUACUUUGACUUCUUUUGCAAUUUUGUUAAUUUUUUCUUUUUGCUUGUUCUACGCUUUUUGGAGAAAGUGUAGAAAAAGAGGAUGACAGAGGACAUUAAAAAAAGAUCGUUGUAACGGAAAUUUCGAGGGCAGAAAAACCAAAUUUUGAUUCACAAAGAGAGAGGAGAGGUAGCUUAUACUUGUUUAAUACAAUUAGAUUUGCAACAAUUUCUUUCAAAGGAAUUAGCCUAACUUACGUUAGCUUGCUCGACAUUCCCCAGAGUAGCCGAUUUCUGCUCGAUUUACUUUAAUGAUAUUUUGUUUGACGUGACACCUUCUGCAGUGAAAAACCGUGGGGCAUUCUAGUUUUUUCCUCAUUUGAGCUUUUCCUUCAACCAACAACUCAGCUGAACUCAAACGGAAGCAAAAUUAGAAUUAGCGACCCUUAACGUUUUUGGCUAAAUUCUUCAAUAAUGAUAAUCUUCGCAGCUUUUUUUUCGCCUUUUUAUGAUAUAACCUAAUUAAGUAAACCUCAAUCGUCAAAUAACUUUAACUUUAUUGUCUCCAUAACAUAUCAGUUUUCGGGACCCAGUUUUCUCAUUAUUUUGCUUUUUAUUUGUUUUAGUCACCUAUUUCGUUAUUUUUUUAAAUAUCUCGUCCAUUAAAGUUACAGUUCUCAAACUAAGAGAUGGUAGACUGUUUGGAAGAAGAUAGGAAUUACUUAGCUACUGUGAC